AUGUCUACGUACCUCGUACCUGCAUGUACUAUUCCUACUCCUACUCCUACUCCUACUCACUAUGUCUGCACAUUACUCACCCUCCUCCCGAGGCAUCAACGCCUACGUACGCCCCACAAUGCGCAUUUAUCGCUUUCAUCAUCAGCAUCAGCAUCGCCCUCAAAGCUUCUCCGCCCUCGCUUCGCCGAUCCGCCUUGUUGCCGGGCAAAUCAUCGGUGCCCCCACCCCUUUUUUUUCCAUUCCAUCUCCCUCCCUACACAUGCUUUGUCUCCCCACUACCCACUACCCACAACCCACAACCACGCACCAAAAGAAAAAAGCCUCGUCUUCACACCUGCACCACACGUCAACGGCGUCGGACGGCGUAGCUGGGUGUGCGCAUGUGUAAUGUGUGUGCAUGUGCGUGUCAAGGGGAAGAAGGAUUUGACAGGCUUUUUUCGCACCACCGUCACCGGGACGUGUGCCUAG